GAGGAUGGUGCGGGCGGCGCACGGCGCGCGGGGCGGGCGGCGCGCGGGGCAGCGGGCGCGACACGCACCGGCACCAGCGGCUCCUCCCGCGGCGGCCGCCGCCACCUCCGCGCACCGGGCCGGAGCGCGGCGCGCCGGGUGAUCUUGAGUUCCUAACUUGCUAGUGCUCAGCCUCCUCAUGCCUCCAUCUCCUUUAGACGACAGGGUAGUAGUGGCACUUUCGAGGCCAGUGAGACCUCAGGAUCUCAGCCUGUGUUUAGACUCUAGCUUCCUUGAAUCUGCCUCUUCUGCUGGUGAGAGCCACUCCAGUCUCUUCGGUGCACCUGUCGUGUCCCUAAAGGCUGCUAAUCUGACGUAUAUGCCCUCAUCCAACGGCUCUGCACGCUCCCUGAGUUGUGGAUGCAGCAGUGCCAGUUGCUGCACUGUGGCAACAUACGACAAGGACACUCAGGCCCAAACUCCAGCGAGCACCAGCAGCACCCACACCGGAGCCUCCCCCACCUGCCCUGCCAACCAAAUGGUCAACAGCAAUGAGAAUGCUGGCAGUCUGAGCCCGCUGGGUGGAGGGGGGAGCCCUGUCUCGGGCAGCGCCAAGCAACUUGCCAGCAUCAAAAUCAUUUACCCCAAUGAUCUGGCCAAGAAGAUGACCAAAUGCAGCAAGAGCCACCAACAGAACCAAGGGCCUGUCAUCAUUGACUGCAGGCCCUUCAUGGAGUAUAAUAAGAGCCACAUUCAAGGGGCUGUCCACAUUAACUGUUCUGACAAGAUCAGCCGGAGAAGGCUCCAGCAGGGCAAGAUCACAGUCUUGGACUUGAUCUCUUGCCGGGAAGGCAAGGACUCCUUCAAGAGAAUCUUCUCCAAAGAAAUUGUAGUUUAUGAUGAGAAUACCAAUGAGCCAAGCAGGGUGAUGCCUUCCCAGCCACUCCACAUAGUGCUGGAGUCACUCAAGCGAGAAGGCAAGGAGCCCCUAGUCCUAAAAGGAGGACUCAGUGGUUUCAAGCAGAACCAUGAAAACCUCUGCGACAACUCUCUCCAGCUGCAAGAGUGCCCCGAGGGGGGAGGAGGGGGCGGUGCCUCCGCUGUGCCCCCCGUGCUACCUCAGUCCAUCCCUACCACGCCAGACAUUGAGAACGCUGAGCUCACUCCCAUCCUGCCCUUCCUCUUCCUCGGAAAUGAACAUGAUGCUCAGGACUUUGAGAAAAUGCAGAGGAUGAACAUCGGCUAUGUCAUCAAUGUGACCACUCACCUGCCCCUGUACCAUUACGAGAAAGGCAUGUUCAACUACAAGCGGCUCCCGGCCACUGACAGCAACAAGCAGAAUCUCAGGCAGUAUUUUGAAGAGGCUUUUGAAUUCAUUGAGGAAGCUCAUCAGUGUGGAAAAGGUCUCCUCAUCCACUGCCAGGCCGGCGUCUCCCGAUCUGCCACCAUUGUUAUCGCAUACCUAAUGAAGCACACGCGCAUGACCAUGACGGAUGCGUAUAAAUUUGUCAAAGGAAAACGACCAAUCAUUUCCCCCAACCUUAACUUUAUGGGGCAGUUACUGGAGUUCGAAGAAGAUCUGAACAAUGGAGUCACCCCGCGAAUCCUCACACCAAAGCUGAUCGGUGUCGAGACUGUUGUGUGACGGCCACGCUGUGAGGGGGCAGAACCUGUUCUUCACCUGAUUUGGGGCAGUGAUGGGUGGGUUGUGGGGUUUUCUUUUAGCUUUCAAAGGGGAGUUUUGUGGCAAACUUUUCGUGAAUAAAACCUUUUUUUGUAAGGAAAGGUUUUUAAAAGAUCCAAGAACUUUGCUGGGUUUGGGAUGCUGUUGUGAUUUCCUUCUCAGACACUGGCAGAGCAGGGAGGCUUCAGGGCAAAAGGAGUACUUUUUAAAAUAAAAACAAUAAGAAGAAAUGUUGGGCUUUUUUUCUUUUAAUUUUUAUUUUUCCCUCCUCUCUGGCUACUUGUAGAGUUUAUGGCUAAGUAGUCUGUGCAGGUUCAUAGACUGAAGAAACUUCAGUUGAAGAUGAAACACAAAUAGCCAAAACAAAGCAGAAAAAACCUCCCUGAAACAGAAGGGCCUUUGUUCUGCAAAGGCUUGCUAAAGAGAACCUAGCAAAAUGCUCACCGACGCAAAGAAAAUCAGAGCAGCUUAAAAGUCUGCAAGGCACUUUUCACACUCCAGCCUCAAACUAAAGAAGAAAACAAAGUUUAUUUGGUGUGUUUCAUGUUCCAGUUCUAUUUUUCUAGUUUGGGGUGUUAGGUUUUAACAGUAAGGGACUUCGAUCAUUCUAUGCCAUAUGCCUUCACUGGCUUCUUGUGCAAUAAUAAUUUGGAGCUUGUUUUGAGUGUUCAAACCAAUUAAGAGUUGGCUGCCCACUAAUAAUAACAUAAUAGUUUUUAAAGUCUAAUAGUGCAACAGCAGCCAGCUUGGUUCAGAAAGGAUAAAUGAGAGCAAUUAUUUUGAUCCUUUAUAUGAUUUUGAUCCUAGUUACAGUGCUAUAAACCUUGUUACAUAUGUAUAUCAGAAUGUACAAAAAUCUAGAACAAGCAAAAUUUAUUUAAAAAUAUUUUUCACACAAAAUAUUGGUGUGUUUCAGUUGUCUAUGUAAAAGAAAUUCGAUUAUAAAACAAAAAAUCUUUUGGAAAGUGUGUGUCCUUUUAUUUCUUUAGCCAUUUUCCAUUUUCUUUCUAUGGGAUAGGGUUUUUGUGUUGUUCCCUUCAGUUUUUUGUGGUUUUUUUGUGGCAUUGUACCUCUCCCAUUGACAACAUUGAUCUCUCUUGUUUGGCAUGUCUCCUUUAGCGUUGCGUUCCUGUCCUCUGCUGGUGGAACAUGUUUUCUUUACUUUCUACUGUACUCUUCCAUCUCUCUGUAACCAGAUUUUCCUUUCUGGUUUGACUGAAUUAGCAGUAUUGGUGAGGGUUUUUUGGAACAGACCUGGUAUUUCUACAGCUCAGUAGCCAUUUGGAAAAAUAAGAAAUAAACAAUCUCCACUGAUUCCUUUUCAUAUUCCUCUAGUUAGCUUAUCUUCGAUGUUACAAAAUUGUCCAGUUUUUAGACAUGUGUUGGUCACAUGUGCUUUUUCCUGGCCUCUCUAUACCCCCUUGUUUAGCAGUUCCACAAUUCCUAGGAAUCAUCCUCCUGGGAUUUUCCCCUCCCUCUUGCCCUUCUUCCCUUCAUGCACCUCCUUUUCCAGCUGUGUCAGUAUUGUGUGGUGUGUAUUGUAGGGCUGAUAUUUCUGCCUGACAGUGUCCCUUGGACAGCUGACUUUCACUUUCCUUGUUUGUAUUCACUUUUUUUUAAAACUAUCUGGUAUGACCUGAUCUGUUCUGGACUGUUACCACCUCUAAAGUUUAUUUGUAUAAGCCUAAAAUGAGUUAGAAAACAUUGCUCAUAUGAUUCUGUUAUGCAAACUGAACUGUCUCAGGAAGGCUGAUAGCAGUGAAGGCUUUUCCUAGAUGAAAACCUACAUGGACUGAACCAAGUAUAAAACAGGACCUGUUGGAAAACUUAAUGUGUAAUCACAUUAGACAUGUAUAUUUUUGUGGACAUUUUACUUAAAAUGUUGUUACUAUAUAGAUAUUUUCUUGAAACUUACCCUUUAUUAAAUUAUUUUUGUACUGGA